UGUGGAUGCCAACCGCCGUAAAACCCCAAGAAGAAGAAGAAGAAGAAGAAAAUUGUGUCCUCCGACCUUGUUUACAGCCGUCCUGACAGCGUCUAACGAGCAGUUGAUAUAUCCAACGGAAUAAUAUUCAUAUGAACGAUUUUUAUUUGAACGGUAGUACCGGAGCCUAAACAAUCAUCCGUCCGGUUUGAGAGUUAACGCUGUACGUGUAACCACAUUGUCACCAGGAGCGACCUCUUUACCUCCCCAGCGAUGGCUUCCUCCUUUGAGGUAGGAGACGGAGUCAGACUCAGGCUGACGGAGCUUCUGGAACAGAAUGGCUUCUCCUGUCCAGAGGAGCUGCGGGCCGAACUGAAGGGACUGGUCGAGAAGAGAGAUCAGGACAGGAUCUCAUUUGUGACGUUAAGAAAACUAAAGAAUUGUCUUCGAGAUAAUGGGCAUCCCUUCUACCUGUACCAGUUGUUGGAGACCAGCUUGCCGUAUCUGCCGGAGGUAGUGAAGCAUCCGAGGAACCCUGAGCUGGUGGCCCGACUCGAGAAGAUUAAAGCCAAGCUGGCGAAUGAGGAGUAUCACAGGAUCACGCGUAAUGUCAACACUCAGGAAAUUAACCGGAAUGGAACACUGGCAGAUUUUGGAAUGCAAGUGCGCUCAGCUAAGGCUGCUGUUGUGACGGUGUUAAACUUCCUGGUGACGGUUGCCGCAACGUUUGCCUGUUCCUACAUGGGCAGCCAGUAUAUCUUCACUGAGACUUCAGCGAGGGUGAUUGCUGCAGUUAUCGCCACGUCUGUUGUCGGUUUGGCAGAGCUUUACGUCUUGGUCCGAACCAUGGAAGGAGAAUUAGGAGAACCAUAGAGGUUACAUCAGGACCCUGGGCCCUCGACGGCAAACGUUCUCAUUGAAUGAUCAUCACGAAUAUGAACAUAUCUAUCUGUUUCACAUUGAGAUCAUUAGAUCUGGGACCUGGUGUUUGGACCAAACGAUUUGAAUGGGAGUUUUAGCGUUGAUGUUUGGGUAUUGAUUGAUGCCAAUUGCUUUGGUAUUGAUAGCAAAGUUAUUUGUAAACCGUUAUGUUAUUCAAUUGUCUUUUUUUUAUUGAUUAACUUGAUCUCCUUUUUCCCCACAUGCUGUAUCUACUUCUUGUGUCAUUAAAAGUAUUACUUGUCUUACAAAGGAUGUUGUCUUGGACCGUCAUGGGGGGCUCCAGGGCCGAAGGGCCAGGUGUUGGUAGGUAUUUUAUUGUAAUCACAUUUCUAUGCUAGAGAUGUGAAACUUGGCAGGCAAAUAGAUAUAGUUAACUGCUUCUCAGAAAUGUAACAUUAUUAUGCUAUUAUCAUUAUUAUAGGACAUCAUUUCCAAUCAUUCCCAUGGCAGUUCUGUCUGGUUAACAGUUCUUGACUCAAAAACGACCAGUAUGCUAGAACUAAACGUACCAUGCAACCAACCAUAGCAACAAGUAAUUCUGGAAAGCCUCUCAAAGUAGAACUCUCCCUGGACAAAUUGACCAAUCAAAACCAAGCUUGGGAUGAUGAAUCCUCAGCACACCACUCACCUGCUCUUAUCUGCCCACUUUGCAUCUCUACAAUCUAACCUGCAGCAUGUGGUAUUUUCUGAGGUUACCACUUAAGACAACCUUUGUGCCUAAUUAAUUUUGUUGCCUACUUAAGCCAUGAAUCCUGUGUUCCUCUGGAGCAGGCAUGUCCAAAGACCGGCUCCCUUACGAAAAUGUAUUAUUUAUGGCCUGCCAGCCUGCCACCGUUGCAAUUUCUCUUUUCACCACAUGGUGGCAGCACCAUUCUAGUGCU